GCCAAAUAAUAAAAUGAAGACUAGCACAUAGAAGAAAGGAGGUACAAACACUAUUCCCACAGUUUGUUUUAGCCGUUCUGGCGACCUGCAUUUUAUUUUGAUAAUAUUUUCAUUUACCGCUGUAAAGCGUUCAUUUUUGUAAAAUCCAUGAGUAUGGCUUUAAUCUUGAGCACAAUAUAGUUUAACUUAAGUUGUAAGUGGCCUAAAUUGUUCCUAAUGUCGCGAGCGGAAACGUACCUGGCGCUGUGUCUGCUGGAUGCAUUCGAGGAUGAGAACUUGGAAUCAAUCCGGGUACUCCUGGCAAAACACGGUGCCAAUCCGAACGUGACAGUAUUGGAGCGAAAUGUGGCGCCUGUUCAUUUGGUGAUUGGCUUGGAGAAUUGUUUGCUGGCGGAGCAGGCCACCAGUUUGCUGCUGGAGCAUAAAGCAAACCCUAAUCUUCGCUCGAUCGAGGAAGGUAUGACACCCUUGCACAUAGCAGCGAGCUUGGGCCGGCCACGGAUGGUGGAAAUGCUGAUAAGGGCGGGCGGUGACAUAAACUUGAAGGAUAAUGAUCUCAAAACUCCGGUGCAGUAUGCCAUCGAGGAGGGCCACUUUGAGGUGGUGAAAAUAAUGCAAAAUGUUGUCUUCGAACAGAAGUUUGACAGGAAGCGGGAACAGGUGCUUCAAAAGGAGUCCAGCAAUAAUGGAGGGUACUACGUGAAAUGUCUAGGAGGGUACUUAAAGGUAACAACGCCAACCAAGAAUGCCUUAUCCCCCGCGCAAGCACUGGAAGAGAGCAAAUUGACUCCCAAUCGCGUUCACUAUAAUUUCGAUUGCACUUCGCCUUACUACAUCAAUAUAACGCAUCGCCGAAAGGACCGAUCCAAACGGAUCAUAGAGGACGUCGAUCAAAGGAUCGUAGAUUUACAGCUCGAUGCAGAGGAAGUUGUCGCGGGCGGGGAUGACAUUGUCGUGGGAAGGAAAAAUCUGUUCGAAUUGACGGAACGAAAUUUAGCCAAUUUCACUAAGAACAUGGCUGAGGGGGGUCGAAGGUCAUCGUUUAUCGAAUGCUGGAGGGAUAAAAUCGCAAUUUUGCGGGAUAGAAAUAAGCUUAGCACUCAUAUCGAUGAUAUUGAGAAGAUUUUGACGGGAUUUUCCACAUCUUUCGACGAACAUGUGCACAAUACACUCUUGAGCGAGCAAAUUCAAAUCAAUGUCAAUCUCACGUGUUCUGAGCUCGAACGUAACACAAGCUUUAGAACAGCCCAGGAGCAAAUACAGUGCUUUGAGGAUAGUCUCCGAACGAAUGAGUUUGCAAAAGCUUUAUGUUGUUCGCCGGAAGUGAUACAGUCUUCAGCGCUUAACCGAAUUCGUAUCAAAGAAGAGUUGAUUCAAACUGACGAAAAAGAUCUGCCAUCCCCGUCGAAGGUGAGCGCUCUUUCACUAUCUCCUACUGUGGAACGCGAUAGUGUUGUACAGAUCACCGAAGAGUAUGUCCAUACCGAUGACGAGGUUGGAUUGGUGUUUUACGAGAAAAAGUUUCUCGCUCCUGCGGUAGGAAUUCAACCAACUGCAGCCAGGCACCAGCGGAACCCGUCGAUUUCUAGUCGUUCCACUGUCCUCAGUCUACCUCCGCCAGAUUAUGACACCGACACACUACGAGCGGAACUUACGCAAUUUGGUGAACCACCAGGUCCCAUUACUAAGCAUACGAAAAAACUUUAUCUGAAAAAAUUGGUCAGAUACAAACGAGAUCCAGAUCGGGCGCAGGCACAGUCUAAAGAUAAGCAGCAACCAAAUUACUCCGUCGAGCUUCUUUCGACCCUUCGAAAUGAGGAUGUUUUUAGUCAAAUCACAGAGCACUGUUCGCUGGAGACGGAAAUGUCCAGCGAGUUUCAGACGAGCUCGAAUGCGAAAUCGUGGCGUGAAGGUCAUCUCAAGAAAAGUUUCAUUUAUCUGCUCAUCGACCCACGGCUGUCGGAAAACUUGCCCGCGCAGCAGAGGCUCCUCAAAACGCAUGACAUAUGGAAACGAUUUCUACUGUCAAUUUUCUAUGUUGGCAAGGGGAAAAGCAGCCGACCAUACUGUCAUCUGUACGAUGCCAUGAAACUAUACCAGCAGAAAUCGGUCUCCAACAGGCAUACAUCCAACAACUCGCUACAACCACCCUCCAUCGUGGAGACAAAUCUGCUGGUGGAGGAGGAACAAAUUCUCUUCCAAAGCGAGGAACACAUCGAGCGGUUUUGUCGGACAUCGAAGAUCCUCAAUCGCAAGCAAAUGAAUGACAGCCAGAAGCUGAACCGCAUCAUCGACAUCUGGCGUUCGCAGCAGGGCGUCAUAUGUCUGCACGUGUUUCACAACAUCAUGCCUGCGGAAGCGUACACCCGGGAAGCAGCCAUCAUUGACGCGCUGGGUAUCCACAAUUUGACGAAUCUCAAACGGGGAGAUUACUACGGAAAAUCGAUAGCGUGGCCCCUGAAGCGACGGAAGCAGCUGGGAAUUUUGCUGCUGUACAAGGCGAUGCUGAUCUUUCUUGCCGAGGGCGAAACGCAACUACUGCCAAGUGAUUUGAUCUGAGCCUUGGGGAUGCGUACGUGUGGAUAUGAAAAUAUGUUUCAAUUUUGUUCGACCGGACAGAGAAAAAAUGAUUAUGUACGAGCAAAUUGAAUAUACAAAAAUAUGAUACAAAAUUAUUAUACAACAUUACUAUUCAAAAGUGUCAUUUGAUCCAGGAUGCCGCAAUAUACUGCCCAAACAUGCAUGGUGAAUGUAUGCGCCAACAUGAACAAAAUACUGAUUCACAUUAUUGAUCACGUUGUACAUAAGCCAAGAAUAAAAACAUGGUAUGUUUGUUCGGAAAAAAAUGAGAAUUAUUGACAAAACCGUUUUCACGUAACAGCCGUCUGUAUGCAAUAAUGACCUCGCUCCAAACAUAUAU